AUGUCGAGGGGAUCUCGGCUCCUCCUCAGUCGCGCUCAUUUUCUUACCGUCCUCACUCCGAUCAUCAUCAUCGACAUCUUCAUCAUCACAUUUUACACAAGUUCAUCAGAAGCAACUCAAUCCGUACACCGAUCAGUAUCAAUGCCUUCCUCUCCGAUCCAUCUCCAUCUCCAAUUGGCUCCAAGUCAACUCGCGCGUCCUCUUCUUCUCCACGAAGAUCGUCGUUGUAGAUGGGAGAUCAUCUCCACCGGCGAAAAAAGCAAACUGAUCUUCGGCCCAGGAGGCAUCAUCGUCGUUACCUUUGGAGAUGGGGUUCGCAAUAAUAUCGGCUGCAGCUGCGGCGGUGCGAAGGGUAGCCGAAGCUCGGGAUUGAAAUCGCGGGUCGAUUCAAUCAAGCAUCCGGCGCCGAGGAACUUGAGUGAGGCAAUUUUUGAGUGUUUGAGGGUUAUUCAGUAA